GGGUGAAAGAUAGAGGUUGGUUUGGUUUGGGUCUGCCGCAGACACAGGAAAGAGAUAGUAGAUCUUUGCAGUUUGAGCACGGUAUUUGUACUGGUAGUAUUUUUUAUGUCCAAAUCGUAAAAACUGGAACAUGAUACAGAUUUGAGCAUCAGAUUGAUGUGGGUCCAUGUUUCUAAUGAGUUACCUAAGCAUUCUUUUUUAACUUUUUUUUUUUUUUUGCAGGUUUUUCUAGAGAGAAAGAGAGAAGAUCCUUCUCUGUCUUUCUCUUUCUCUCUCUUGUUUGUCAUGUUCCUUCAUGGGGGUGGGUGGUUUUCUGUAUGUAUCCCCUCAAAAAAUGUGGCAGGAUUUGCCUAAAAACUUUGUCUUCUAACUCAAAAAACACUCUUUCUUAUUCCUUCAUGUGCAUGAUUCAUCAUUUCUCAUCUCUCUCUUUCUUCUCUUUGUGUCUCUCUCCAAAAAGGCUAUAGAAAAUAUAAAAAAAACCAUCUUUUUUUCCCUCAUUUUCCCACCCCGUGUAUGAGAAGAAAACAGUUUGUAAAGGAGAAAUCUCUGUUAUAACAAGGAAAAAAGGAUAGCAUAAACAAAAUAUAAACUUUUUUUUUCUCUUUGGAGGAUGAAUGGUCUUUUACAUCGUGAACCAGAUUGUUCCGAGUAUGUUGAAGUUGAUCCAACUGGAAGAUAUGGCAGAUACAAUGAAAUCCUUGGAAAAGGUGCUUCAAAGAUAGUUUAUAGAGCAUUUGAUGAGUAUCAAGGAAUUGAAGUUGCUUGGAAUCAAGUCAAACUAUAUGAUUUUUUACAAAGCCCUGAAGAUCUUGAAAGACUUUACUGUGAGAUUCAUCUCCUUAAGACAUUGAAGCACAAGAACAUCAUGAAGUUUUAUACCUCUUGGGUUGAUACUGCCAAUAGGAACAUUAACUUUGUCACUGAAAUGUUCACUUCUGGAACUUUAAGACAUUAUGGCAGGUAUAGGUCAAAGCACAAGAGAGUCAACAUUAGAGCAGUGAAGCAUUGGUGUAGGCAGAUCUUGAGAGGACUUCUCUAUCUCCAUAGCCAUGACCCCCCAGUGAUUCAUAGAGAUCUAAAGUGUGACAACAUUUUUGUCAAUGGAAACCAAGGAGAAGUGAAGAUAGGUGAUCUUGGCCUCGCUGCAAUCCUCCGGAAAUCUCAUGCUGCUCACUGUGUUGGAACGCCAGAGUUUAUGGCACCAGAGGUGUAUGAAGAAGCCUACAAUGAAUUAGUUGACAUUUAUUCAUUUGGAAUGUGCAUCUUAGAAAUGGUUACUUUUGAAUAUCCAUAUAGUGAAUGCACUCAUCCUGCUCAAAUCUACAAGAAAGUUAUCUCUGGUAGAAAACCAGAUGCUUUGUAUAAAGUGAAAGAUCCGGAAGUUCAACAAUUUGUUGAGAAAUGUUUGGCAACUGUGUCCUUGAGGCUCUCUGCCAGAGAGUUGUUAAAUGACCCUUUUCUUCAGAUUGAUGAUUGUGAAUCUGAUUUGAGGCCGGUAGAAUAUGGGGGAGAACUUGAUGAAAUGGGUCCUCUCAUUAGGCAACCAUAUCUAGAACUUCAUCACAGUAGUAAUUCUUAUAGUAAUGGAUACGCAAAUGUUUAUGGUUAUGAGACCCCAAAUGAAUGGGGGUAUCAUACUGCUGAAAUCGAAUCCAGUGGAAUUGAGCUUUUUGAAUGUCAGGAGGAUGACCAUGCUGCAAAUCUUGACAUAAGCAUCAAGGGGAAGAGGGGAGAUGAUGGCGGUAUCUUUUUGAGACUUCGGAUUGCAGAUAAAGAAGGUCGUAUCAGAAAUAUAUAUUUCCGGUUCGAUGUUGAAACUGAUACUGCAUUGAGUGUUGCGACUGAAAUGGUUGCAGAAUUGGAUAUCACUGACCAAGAUGUGACUAAAAUAGCGGAUAUGAUUGAUGGUGAAAUUGCCUCCUUGGUACCUGAAUGGAGGCCAGGGCCAGGAAUUGAGGAAACACCCCGGUUUGCAAAUCAAAACUUCUGUCACAAUUGUGCUUCCAACCGUACAUCUACUGGUUCCCUCUUGGAUUUUUUGACACAUAAUGCAGGUGUCAAAGACUUGCAACUUCUGCAGGGUUGUAGAAAUGGAUGUGCUUCAAUGCAUGGUCGGUUUGAAGAGAUCACUUUUCGGGUUGAGGAAUCUGAGCAUAAUGUAACAGAUGGUGCACCAAAUGAGUCAAGCCAAUCAGACAAUUUGCAUUACCAGGAAAUAUGGGAUCAGCAUGAAAGCUGUGAACUUAGUCCGGUGGACUCUAGACAGAGCGAUUCAGAUGAAGAUAAAGAAAAAUUAGAUCAAUCCUUCUCAGCAAUGGACAAUAAAAAAGUGAGGGAAGGAAAUAAAAUCACAUCUAGUGCAAGAAGUUCAAUCCAGUGUUUGACAGGUUCUCAUUCUUUCUCCACAGUUAAUCCAUUAUAUUGUGAUCUCUCAGACAAUUACGAGAACAAAGUCCAACAGGAACUGAGAUGGCUUAAGGCAAAGUACCAGAUUGAACUAAGAGAACUUAGAGAUCUACAACUGGGACCUGUAUUAGACUCUUCGAAUUGUAGUAACAGAGACAAGAAAACAAGUGAUGAGGUUUCAUCAUUACCAACUUCUAGCACAUUACCUAGGGACCAAGGAAAUGAAGUGAAACCUUCUGCCAAUGACAAUUAUUUUAACUCCGAUUUCCAUGACUAUAAGAAUAAGAGCUGCCCCAAUUUGGAUACCAAAAGGGCCUGGUAUUGCGAAGCAAUGGAGUUUCACAGAGUAGAGAACAUGGUCACUGCUCAGAGUUUCUUCUCAGGAUCACUGCUUCCACACUCUCUUCACAGGACAACAUCCCUCCCAGUUGAUGCAGUUGAUGUAUAAUGUGUACGGCUUUACAUUCUUUGAACAUUCUGUACACUUAUAUAGAGGCUGUACAAUAUAAAAUCCACCCUUUUUGUGGUCAACCAAAUGUCUAUUUCACCUUCCAUACGAGUCUUCCCUUUCCUCCUAUUUAAGAACUUACGAAAAGAGUGAAUAUGAAACAGAUUUAAAGUCAUAAUCAUGGUUUAUCCAACCAUAAUUGCCUUAAGUAUUUUUCUCUAUAACAUCGAAACCAUUCACCUGUAAUUUUGGAUGAAGUAGAGUUUAUAAACAUCAGCAUUUACCUUUUUUAUAAUGACAAAAAUGUUUAUGGAAAGAAGGUUUUUCGUCUCAAUGUUAGGACAGAGCACAGGUUUUAAAGAGAAUUUUCAUUAAAUUUACAAAUUGUUCAUCAAAGAAGACUGUUGAAAGCGAAAUUUAGCUUUAAAUCCUAUAAAUGAAGUAUUCAAAUACAGUAUCUAAAAGCCUAAAACACAUUGGCAUUGCCUGUUAGAAUUGAGUGGAUGAAUCAUUGGGCACGGGCAGUUCUAGCUGGCCAUGUCAAUCAUGUUCUACAAAAAGCAAAAAAAAAAGGCAAAAGAGGGGGGAAGUGGCAGCUGGCCAAUUAGAGUUUUUCUAUGAGCUUUAGCCUUUGAUGCUAAAAGGCCCCACAGUGUCAAUUAUAGAGGGGUUUUCAAAACGGAAGUAAAUGACAGGGACCUCCAAAGGGUAGAGCAUGAAUAAGAAUCAUGUUCCAUGCAUGCUCAUCUCUUUACAAUCUGGUGGUUGCCCACAAUGAACAAGAUGUUCCAAUAAAAGG